GAAAGAAAGAAAGAAAGAGCGCGCGUGUGAUGUGUUUGUGUAUCCUCAGUGUUUUUCUCUCUUGCGUGUUUCAUUGAGUGUAAACAGAGUCUUGUCUCUGUGUAUUUAAGAGUUGAGAUGAUGAGAUGUGCUGUGCUGUAAAUGAGUAGGAACUGAUCUGUCCGUGCUGAAUAUAUUCAUGAUUUCAUCACAGAAAACUCUCAGCUGAAGAAAGAGGUGGCGUUAUUGGAGACAAAGCUGAGGUCAAGAGGAGAUUUAACAAUGAAACGAGAGGAUGUGGAUUGUUGUGAAUCUUCAGUGUAUGUGACUGAUGAUGGGAGUCUGGAUUCAGUGUGGAUGAGCAGAGAUCAGAGUCGCACACCACAGACACUGCUGGACUCUAAACUCUCUGAAGAGAAAUCCAGACACACACAAGACUCCGAUCUCAGUCUGACUUUACUCUGUUAUACUGAGUCAAAGCUCACAGACACUCAUGACACUACAGUGUGUGACAGUAAACAGAGCUUACAGGAGGAUCAAACCUCCACAGAGUCUCUGGAUUCUGUCUGUAACGCUGGAGAACAGCAGCAGAUCCUGCAGACCAAACUGAAGAUGUGUUCAGUUAAACUCAUUGACUUCAAGAACCUCAUGAUGAAGAUUAAAACUGAACCCACAGAAAUCAAAACUGAACCUAAAGAAAUCAAAACUGAACCCACAGAAGAGGAAGAUCCCACUGAGGAAGAUGAUGAUUUUAUUCCAUCAGAUGUGAAGAGUGAUUCAUGUCUGGAUAUAGAAAUAACAUCAAAAGAGCGACUGACAGCACAAACUCUUUCCUGCAUCACCUGUGGAAAGACAUUCAGCUCACAGAGACAUUUAGAGAGACAUGAGAGAAAACACACAGAACAGAAACUCUUCACCAGAUCUGAGAUCAGCUUUACUACCUUACAAGAGAAGAAACUUCAUUCAGAAGACCACAGAGAGAAGAAGAAGAAGAAGAAGAAGAAAAAGCAGAUUCACUGUGAGCAGUGUGGGAAGAUUUGUGUCUCUUCCUAUAAACUAAAUAUUCACAUGAGGACACACAGUGGUGAAAAGCCUUUCAACUGCACUGAAUGUGGAAAUUACUUUAAAACCAAAGACAAUCUUAAAAUUCAUAAGAGACUUCAUGCAGGUGAAAAACCUUUCAAAUGCUCUCAGUGUGACAAGACUUUUUCUCAGUCAGGUCACUUGACAGCCCAUCAGAGACUUCAUACAGGUGAAAAACCUUUCAAAUGCUCUCAGUGUGACAAGAAGUUUGCUCAGUCAAGUCACUUAAACACCCAUCUGAGAGUUCAUACUGGAGAGAAACCUUAUCACUGUAGUGUCUGUUGGAAGAGUUUUAGUCAACAGGCUAGCUUACUAAAUCAUGAGCGAACUCAUACAGGUGAUAAACCUUUCAAAUGCUCUCAGUGUGACAAGACGUUUGCUCAUUCAUUUGCCUUAAAAGUCCAUCAGAGAGUUCAUAAAAGAAAGAAACCUUACGUCUGCUCUCAAUGUGGAAAGAGCUUCUCUAAUUCAUCUCAAUUAAUAGUUCAUCAAAGAGUUCACACUGGAGAGAAACCUCAUCACUGUAGUGUCUGUGGGAAGAGUUUUAAUCAACGGGUUCACUUACUAAAUCACCAGAGAAUUCAUACAGGUGAAAAACCUUUCAAAUGUUCUCAGUGUGACAAGACGUUUGCUCAGUCAUGUUCCUUAAAAUCCCAUCAGAGAGUUCAUACUAGAGAGAACUUUAAUAAGGUGACACCAAAAACUUGUAUAAAGUUUUAAAUAUUGUUAAAAGUUAACAGUAAAAUAAGAACAAAUAAUCAUAUUAUGAGCAAUAUCGGAGAUAAAUACAACAGAACAAACAUACAAAUGAAAUAAAACAGUGCUGUUCAGGUUUUUCAGAUUGAUCUAACAGUACUGUAUUAUGGAGGACGAAAAAUGACUUAAAAGUCCCCUAUUUCAAAGCUUACUAGAGUUUUAUUUUAAGUUGUGAAGUCCUUAAAGGGAUAGUGAAUGCAAAAAUGAAAAUUCUGUCAUUAUUUACUCAUGUUGUUCAAAGCCUGUAUAAAUUUCUUUGUUCUGAUGAACACGAAGGAAGAUAUUUUGAGGAUUGUUUGAUAGUGAGAUACACAGUUGACAUAAUGUUACCCAUAGAAGUACACUAAGGUGCGGUUUCUCGGGCAGGGAUUAGACUAGUCCUAGACUAAAAUAAAUGUAAGGGCUGUACAAACUGAAAACAACUUGAACGGACAUAUAUUAAAAUACAUCCGUGCCCUUUGUUUUGCCUCAAAAUGCACACAAGUAAUGUUUUUAGUAACGCAUGUUUAUUAAAACUAGUUAUAUUUCCUAAUUAAACUAAGGUCUAGUCCUGGCUUAAGCUAAUCCCUGUCUGGGAAACCACCCCAUUAUGUUAGUUUCUAUACACUCCAUGCUAGGUUGGUAAACGUCUCUGGUAUGUAAACCUGGUUCCCUGAGAUGCUGCGUCGGCAUAGCAAUGCUUUGGGGAAUGGCCCGGAGUGACUGAUCUGAAGCGUGUGUAACACAUAAUCAAUAAUUCGAUGAUUUAGGGGUAUAAUAAGGAAUCCCAUACAAACACACACACUACCAAGUGCCAAAGCAAGUGCUUACAAAGAUGCAGAAAGUACGGCAUGGAGACGCAGUGUCUUGUUCCCUUCUCACGGAACCAGGGUUACAUACGUAACCUGAGACAUUCCCUUUUGAGGAACUCGAGCUGCGUUGCCAUAGCAAUGCUUUGGGGAACAAGAUGCCCACGUUUUCAUAAUACCAAAUGCCUGUAGCAUGUAUAACUGAACACAGUCAAGGCAAAAGAACCUGGCACACUAAAGAGGGUUCUAGAUCUAAAUUAUAAAGUCUAACAAAGGUGAGCAGUGAAGACCUACUGGCCGCAUCACAUAUGUCCCGGGAUGCGUUCCCCUCCAGUAUUAGACACGCACUUGCAAACUUCCCUAAACACUUCCCCUCGAGGGAAUCCCUGUCACCAUUUUGAAGUGCGUCCCACUUCGUCAAGUGGACGAGGGAAGUUUAUAUGGACAGACCCUCGCUCCCUCAAUUUUGACCAAGGGAGCAAGUGUACUUCAUAUGUACACUUCAGGCAGCUCUAUUUACCACAUUGCAACACGAUUGUGACGUCACUUCAGAAGCUCGUGCUUUGCACAGUUCAAAUGAAGGAGGGGGCGGUCUCCACUUUUCAUUUGAGCAAGGGCGAUCCAUUCGAACCUACUUCAAGUGUUCCAGCACUAGUGGGCACUCGUACAACGUAAGCAUUGAUGUACAUCCGAGUGAACAAGACUGAGGGAAGUUAGCGAGGGAAGGUCAUAAAAAAAUUAACUGGAACGCAGGGCUGCAGUGAAGUACCUGAUUCUAUAGGGCCUUUGCGGCAGCCAUACCGUGGGUAGAGUGGGCCCUCAGUGACGGGUGAGGGUAUGCCCUGAUGUACAUAAGCCAUUGAGAUAGCAUCCACUAUCCAUCUACUCAAACUCUGCUUGGUUGCCGGAAAACCUUUUCUGGGUGAACCAAAGCACACAAAUAACUGCUCAGACUUCCUCCACUGAGCAGUCCUGUGAACAUAUGUAUCCAGUGCUUGCACAGGACACACCACAUUUAGCUUUUACUGGUCCGUGUUCCUGAAUGUGGGAGGACACGGGGCCUGCAGAACAAUGGGCCUCGGCACAUUGUUAAGCACCUUAGGAACAUAACCUGGCUUUGGAUGUAGAAAAGCCUUAGCCAUCCCUGGUGCAAACUCAAGACCUGCAGGGGAUGCUGACAGGGCCUGAAGGCCCCCCACUCGGUUUAAAGAGGUAAUGGCAGAAGGAACACAGUCUUAAAGGCCAGAAACCUAUCUGGUAAAGUCUCAAGUGGCUCGAACGGAGCCAACAAGAGCCCUUAC